CUCAGUGCCAGAGGCAUUCCCGUAGCAGUUGGGUUCUAAAAACAACCACCUAACCGUCUGAGCCAGUGACCUGAAAACCAGACGUCAGCGAGAAAAUGUCAGCAACAAUGACGAGCGCCGUCAGCCUUCUCUUGUUUUUCACUUGGACCCUGAUGUCAGGCGUCACCAGAGGGGACGAAUGUUCCCUGACGCCCGUCAUCCACAUUCUCUCGUAUCCUGGAUGCAACUCAAAGCCCAUCCCAUCCUUUGCUUGCCAGGGAAGAUGCACAUCCUACGUUCAGGUUUCCGGCAGUAAAAUCUGGCAGACGGAAAGAUCCUGCAUGUGUUGUCAAGAAUCAGGAGAAAGAGAAGCUACGGUGACCCUCAACUGUCCCAAAGCAAGAGUUGGUGACCCAAAACGCAGAAAGGUUCUCACCCGAGCUCCAGUAGACUGCAUGUGUCGACCAUGCACUGACAUCGAGGAAGGAACUGUGCUUGCGCAGGAGAUCGCAAACUUCAUAGCCGAUGACCCCAUGGCUCACGUUCCAUUCCUAAAAUAGCGCUCGCCGCCCCUCCCCUCCGACUAGGAUUUCCUUUAUUAUCCUUUUGCAAAUGGUAAUCUGUUCUUGUAAAAUUAUAACAAAUAUUCCGCACUGCUGGAGGUAAUAGUGCUGUUGAAGUAUAUGUCGGUAAGUUGUACGUUAUUAAUUCAAAAGGUUUUGCCCUUGUCUCUAUCCAUCUAUUUAUGUUCGUUCUUCCUAUAGCGACCGUUUUGUUAAUCAGAAGUUACUGAAUUUACAUUUAAUUAGGGUACUUCCCUUUCACUUGAGACCUUUCAUUAAUCGUCUUAAAACCGACUGCAUUUUAUACUGAAAGCAGAAAUGAUGCACAAUAACACAACCGCGUCCCUUCUGUUUCAUCGUCGUUUUGAGUUAGUCUUAGCGCAAAAAAAAAAAAAAAAAAAAAAAAAAAAAAAAGUUGUAGAGGCCAAGGUCUCUUACUACAAAUUACUCAUUCAACAGUCUUCCCGAAAAGAGGGAGUAAAUAAUUUUUUCCUCUUGAGAAAAUAUAAAUAACUUAAGGAUUUCCAGCGAAACCGGAAAAAUAAGAUUUCUAUUUCUUUUAAUUUCUUGUAUACGUGAAUCAUACGCUGACGACUUGGCCUGGUUUCCGACCUCGUUAAAGAAAGUCACGACUUUCAUCAUUUGAAAACGUCACACAUAUAAGGCAGCAGUAGCAACAGUAACGUCAAUGAAAGUGAACGUGAUGGAGAAGUGACGACAUGAGUCGAGAAACAAGGUCUCAGUUGCAGGACAGAAGUGGGGGCCAUCGAUCGUAAAAUUUUUCGGGAAUGUCCUUCCGGAUUGUAUUUACACAUUGGAACACCCCUGUCCAGUUUUGAAGUUCUAUUUAUUUUUUCCUAAUAAAACACAUUUCAAGAUCUGGGGGAUUGGAGGCAUAUCUAACUUGAAAGAAUUUUUAUCUACUUUAAAAGUAAAUAACUCAUAAAAGUUUUGACCUCGACCUUCAUUUCCCUAAUUACCACUGACCAACCUAUCUGUUUGUUCCUUUUCACUUGUCCUCUAGUCAUAUUUUUGCCGAGGGAAAUCCUUAAAUAAAUCAGUGCCUUUAUACAAUUAUAUACUAUGUUUCAGUAGAGUAAUAUCUAUCAUCAGAGUACUAAAGAUAUUACCUAACAAGCAAAAAGUUCUUACAAUUUGUGAUGUAUAUUGAUUGAUAUGAUCAAGAGUUUGUCCUUUUUAGUUGUUCCUGGACUUGUGAUUACGGUUCUUUAUCGACAGCAUGGAUGUAGAAAUCAGAAAUUACACUGGGUUUACCACCAAUAAGAUAAAACGGCAUUUCUAGUCAGUAAUAGGCCUAACCGUAAUUUCUCAAAGCUAAACGGCAACAAAACAAGAAGACAACAGUAACGUUCCAGGAAAUAGGGUUUAAAGGUUUAAAAGAAUGGAACACCUGAGCUAAAGUCUUUAAAUGCACGACCUCAAUAUUUCGACAGGUUAUUGGUUAUGUCCAGGAGUGUCAAACCAAGAAUGCUUUUUAGGAAAAUGUUCAAUUUUUCAAUUCAUGUUCGAAUUUAGGGUAACGAUGGACAAUGCUAUACUUGGGGCUUAGAGCUUAAAUGCAGUCACUUCAGAAAUGAUAUUGAUCCAUUUUGAAAUAAUGUAAGUAAGUUUUAAAGACACAUCGAAUAAUCUUCUUUCAAGUAAUUUCAUCAAUACAGCAAUGUGGAGAAACCACUGGGGUUAUAUUUGCUUAAUAACAACUCAAGACAAAAGCUGGCAUAAUACGCUGUUUCUGAAUUUUGGUAUCAGUUUUUUAAACCAAUUCAGAACAUUUAAGAUAAACAAACACUCAUCUUAGGACUGUAGAUAAUGAAUGUAUUCUGCGUAAAGUACUAAUGUUUAAACAUCUCAGAGCACUAACUGUUUCGGAUUGUUACAUAGACUUAAAUAUCUUUCAUGCGUUUCGUGAUACAUACUACUAUUUUCAUAAGAAUGUAUUCAGUGUGACAUUAUACAUAUUGACUGGUAAUGACAAAAUAAAAGGAUAAUUUAU